AUGAUCCUUACACGGUUACCAAUACGAUCCGCAAGGAAGCAAUUGGAUGCUUCGGCAUGUCUGCUAUGUCAAUGGCGUUCAUUCACCACUACGUAUCCACGAUGGGACGAAAAGAAAGAGAUACCAUCGACGGCGCCAGAAACCCCGUCAGUAUUAGAUGAAGCUCCAAGAGCUUCGGGCAAGAAAGUUGAAGGCUUCACGCCCAAACCUUUAGAUCGAGCGAUUGGACUUCCAAAUCCACCAAGAGUAGGAGAGAAUAGUGGGAUAGAUACUAGGACAUUGAAACAAAAAAGAGAUGAUUUCGUCAAUUGGGACAAACAUCUCGAAAAGCGCAAGCAAUUGACGGCGGCAAUGUCCAAGCCAUAUUACAGAGAAUGGAGCAAUAUGAAAUAUCACAAGGGGAAAUCCUUCCUAGCACCACCUAGAAUCUUUAAAGCCGAUCGCGCGCUCUAUUUCCCAAACUUGACUGGUCGGACCUUAGAGCCAGACUCAACUCUAUAUGAAAACACCACACCCAUACUGCAGGGCAAGGUGUCGGUGGUGUCCGUAUUCAGUGGUGCAUGGGCAGAGAAUCAGGCGGCUACUUUUGCGUCCGAGAAGAGCAAUCCGGGCUUACAUGCGGUAGUGAGAAAAAAUAAAGGAUUGGCACAAAUGGUACAUAUCAACGUUGAGGAGAAUUAUCUGAGAGCUAUGCUCAUCAAGUUGUUUCGGCCGAGUUUAAGGAGAAAGCUACCGGAGUGGAUGUGGAAGAGGUAUUUUGUAGUCCAGAAGGGCUUUACGGAUGAAAUGAAAGAAUCUAUAGGGAUAUUAAAUAGUAAGGUCGGUUACACAUACAUCCUAGAUAGAGAAUGUAAGAUUAGAUGGGUGGGAAGUGGCCCUGCCGAGGAAUAUGAGAAGGAUGUUUUGGUCAAGAGUGUUUCCCGACUCUUGGAGGAUGCUAAGGCAACAUCGGAGCAGAAAAGACUUGAGCAGAGUGCACAGCAAUAUUGGGACGCUGCUGCUGCAAAGAAGGGAAGUAAAGAAGGUGCAGCAAAAGCAGACCGCCGAGCAUGA